AUGGUAAUAUCCAUGGCCCUGAUCAUAGUUAUUGUGACUCUUCCUCAUGCCUCAAGUAAGGUUUCUAUUGCUAAGUGUCCUGUUGGUGAACCUCUUCCUAUUCUCCACAAGUAUUACCAGCCAGGUGAUUUCAUCAUUGCAGGCAUUUUCUCUCAGAUCUACAUUUUUUUGAGUCCAAUGAGUUUUCAGAAGCAGCCUUCAGAGGAGAGUUUUGAUGACCAUGUGGUAUUGACUCAGAAUUACCAACACAUCCUGGCCUUGGUAUUUGCUGUGAAGGAAAUCAGUGAGAAUACCCAACUCUUACCCAAUGUGAGUUUGGGCUUCCACAUUUUAAAUAGCCACUUUUUUGCAAAAUGGACCUACCUUGCCUCGAUGGAACUUCUAUCCACAAAGGACAAAUUCAUCCCCAACUACAAAUGUGAUAUUCAAAAUAACAUUGUGGGAGUCAUUGGGGGACCUAAUUCUCAAGUUUGUCUCUACAUGACAAACAUCUUAAGCGCUUAUAAAAUUCCACAGAUCAGUUAUGGCUCUUUUCCAGUAAUAAAUGACCAAACCAAAGAUUUCGUCCACCAGAUGUUUCCAAAUGUGACCCAUCACUAUAUGGGCAUUCUUGAAUUACUCCUGCAUUUCAAGUGGACUUGGAUUGGUGUGCUUGCUUCAAAUGGUGACAAUGCAGAUUUAUUUGUACAGGAUAUACUUCCCAUCUACUCUCAGAAGGGAAUCUGUGUAGACUUCUUAGAAAAAUUACCCGAAAUAUCUUUUUCAAGUCAUAUUCCUGAGAGAGGAAUCAAAUGGUCUGAGACUUCUCAUAUGGUCACAGGUAGUACUGCCAAUACUGUUAUUAUACAAGGUGAAAUACAUACUAUUAGUUUCUUAAGGUCAAUGUUUGUUUUUGCACAAUUUUAUGGUGUAUCAUUUGAGAGUCGAGUGUGGAUUAUGACAGCCCAGAUGGAUUUUGCAUCUCCUGGUUUUAUCAGACAUUGGGACCUAAAUUUCCUCCAUGGGGCUUUAUCAUUUGCUGUUCACACAAACUAUCCUAGUGGAUUCCACAAAUUUCUGAAGGAAAGAAAUCCUCUCUCAGAAAAUAGGGAUGGGUUUAUCAGGAUCUUCUGGAAAGAUGCUUUUAAUUGUGAUUUCUCAUAUUCCACCCUAGAGGAGAGACAUGAGAAGAUCUGCACUGGGGAGGAAAAGCUGGAGACUCUGCCUGGGACUGUGUUUGACACAAGCAUGUCUGGCCACAGUUAUAGCAUCUACAAUGCAGUUUACAUUAUGGCACAUGCUUUGCAUUCAGUAACUUCAUCCAAGUCAAAACAGAGAGUAAGGAUGAAAAAGAUAAGACAAAAAGGACUUCAUGAACAGCCAUGGCAGGAAAGACCUAUUUCUGUCUGUAAUGAUAAUUGUAAUCCUGGUUCUAGUAGGGUUACAAUAGAAGGAAAGCCAUAUUGUUGCUACGAGUGCCUUCCAUGUCCAGAAGGAAGGAUUACAAAUCAUAAAGACAUGGAUGAUUGCUUCCCAUGCCCAGAAGGACAGUAUCCAAAUAACAAGCAUGACUUGUGUCUUCCAAAACACAUAACUUUCCUGUCUUAUGAAGAUCCAUUAGGGACCAGUUUGGCCAUUACAGCAAUUGUCUUUGCUUGCAUUGCCACUGUGGUACUUGGGAUAUUCAUCAAAUACCAGGACACUCCCAUAGUCAAGGCCAACAACCGGAACAUCACCUACCUUCUCCUCGUCUCCCUUGUGCUCUCAUUCCUUUGCAGUUUAUUAUUCAUUGGACAACCUGAAAAGGUCACCUGCCUUUUCCAACAACCUGCUUUUGGGAUUGUCUUCUCAGUAGCCAUUUCUUGUAUAUUGGCCAAAACCAUCAUCGUGGUGAUCGUAUUCAUGGCUUCAGUGCCAGGAUCCAAGAUGAAGAGAUGGCUGGGCAAACAAUUAGAUAAUUACAUUGUUGUUUCUUGUUCCCUCAUUCAAGUCCUUGUCUGUACUGUAUGGCUUAUAACCUCACCCCCAUAUCCAGAUGCUGAUAUGAAUUUAGUGGCAGAUGAAAUCAUCCUGGGAUGUAACGAAGGCUCUACUCUCAUGUUUUAUUGUGUCUUACUCUACCUUCUUUUCCUUGCUGUUGUUGGUUUCAGUGUGGCUUUUCUAUCCCAGAAUUUGCCAAACUCUUUUAAUGAGACCAAAUUUAUCUUCUUCAGCCUUUUGUGUUUUUGUAGUGUGUGGCUGUCGUUCUUUCCAACAUAUCUGAGUACCAAGGGAAAAUACAUGGUGGCUGUGGAGAUCUUUUCCAUAUUAUCUUCCAGUGCAGGAUUAUUGGGCUGCAUCUGUUUUCCCAAAUGUUUUAUUAUUCUUCUGAGACCUCACCUGAACAAUAAGAGGGAGUUACUAAAAGGCAAGAAACAAUGA